GUAUUUUGCCAUUGCCCACUGAUAUUCAACAUCUUUUUGAGGGAUUUUUUCUUUGUUUCGCAAUGAAGAAGAAGCCAAAAAUUCUAAACUCUCUACAUAUAACCGCUGCUUCAAUACACUUGUCUCAAAAACUUUGAUCUUUUCAACUUUCUUCUGCUUAAGUAACCCCAAAUUGUUUAAUUUGUAUUCAUUAUCUCUUUUUACAUUUUGGGCUCAAAGUUUUUUACUCUGUUUCUCUGGUUUCUUGAUUUUCCGGUGAAUGUGUCAUCAGUCUCCGGCAGUAUCAUGAUGUCUCAGACAGCUUUAGUUUCUACCGGCGCCGGAAAAAGACAGAUGCAUCCUCAAGCAAUGGCAUCACAUGAGAAGAUUGUGAAUGACCCUACUCUGUUCAGGGAAUGUCUCAAGAAUUUUCAAUCUGUUUUGGGCACAAAGGACACGAUUCCUGUGAUUGGUGGGAAGGAUCUUGAUUUGCAUGUUCUUUAUGUAGAGGUGACUAAAAGGGGCGGCUUUGACAAGGUAGUGGCAGAUAAGAAAUGGAGAGAAGUGAGUUCAGUGUUCAAGUUUUCUCCAACCACAACAAGUGCUUCAUAUGCAUUGAGGAAACACUAUUUCACUUUGCUUCAUCAAUUUGAAAAAGUUUACUUUUUCAAACAUCAAAUUUCUUUGUUUGAUAAAUCGUCAGGAUCAUGUUUUCAAGCAGAAGGGACAAUUGAUGCCAAGUUUGACUGUGGUUACUUUGUGUCCAUCAAAAUGGGAUCUGAAGUUCUCAAUGGAGUACUUUACCAUCCACACCAACAAGCUCAAUCAUCUUCUUCCAAGUUAGUUGCACAAAGUUGCAAAGCGAUUGUGCCUUACAAUCCACCACCUCAUCCCCAUUCAGGACGGAGGAACAGGAGGAGGAGGAACGGAGAUCCUAAUCGCCCAAAACCUAAUAGGAGUGGAUACAACUUCUUCUUUGCUGAAAAACAUUCCAUGCUCAAAUCUCUUCAUCCACAUAGAGAGAGGGAAUUCACAAAGAUGAUUGGAGAAUCUUGGAACAAUCUAUCUCCUGAAGAAAAAAUGGUUUAUCAAAACUAUGGCGUGAAGGACAAGGAAAGGUACCAGAAGGAAUUGAAGGAGUACAAAGAAAGAAUGAUGACCACAUCAACUUGCUACUAAAGGUGACUGACUAGGAGAAGAAGAAGAGCAGGAUAUAUAGCUCAUUUAGCAUGAGAUGAACAAGUAAAUGUUUCAUUGUAAUGUAGUUCCAAAACUACAACUCUUUCUAUGGAUCUAAACAUUAUUGUAGCUUAUGUAAGAUAGUCCAAAACUAUUUCCUAAUGAGUCAAAACAUUUGUUUUCCUAGACUAAUUCUCAUGCUUAUAUGAUGGUCUUGCUUAUCAAACUUCAGACUGGUG